UCGAUCGAAACACAUGCGCAAAUUUACUAUAACGAAGGCGAUUAACACAAGGUGAACAACAUCUGAAAACACAGAAUCGAAAAAAGCAUCAUCGUAUUAGAAUUAUUAUAAAACAUGAGAUACCACACAUAGAUCGAAAGAAUCAUCACCACCGACCCACCAAGGAAAACGCUGCGUUACACUGUCGGUGUCAGAAAAAGAAAGCUAGGAAAACACACACACACGCGCAAAGUGAGAAAACGAAACCGAAGCGAGAAAUGGAAACUUUGCCAUGGCCAAAGUGCGGAUCCUGUUGUUUUGAUUCAUAAAGCUACACCACACCACAGGAUACCCACCACCUCAUGCUUUUAUGCUGCGGCGGUGCAUCACCCUUCAUAGAUCCUCAGCCUCACCCAAUCAUUUCGACACACCCAUGUUCGAAGGAUCCCUUUUUUUGUGACAAUCUCAGUGUUUGAAUUUCGUCUCUCCUUGAAAGAUCUCGUCUUGGGGAGAUUUUCUAUGUUCUGCAUUGCCAUUUUGGUCAAUCCCUAUGAACUGGUCUGUGUCUGAAUCUUGGGGCAUGCUUUGGAAUGGCUCUGCAUAGAACCAAUGGUGAAUUGUUCAGUGAGAGAAGAGGCAUCGUUGAUGCUGUAUUCAAUUCUUUUGGAAAAAGCGAUCAUGGCUCUAGAGUUUUACGUCGUGGUCGAAGGUUUGGUCGGAUUACCAAACUCAAGCUUUCACGCUGGAUUUUCCUUCUCACUGCAAUUCUGUCGAUGCUUUUAACAUUUUUUGGUUUGAAAAUGUUUUAUCAAGCUAAAAUGGAAUCUAAGUUCUCAACAAUACCACACAAUCUACAAGAAGAACGUAACCUACAAGAAAAUAUUGUGGCAUCUGAUCUUGGAAAGACACCUAAAGGAAAGCGCCGAAAGCAUUUUCCUUGUGAAGUUGGAUUUCGGGAAUCAGUAGAUGGCCUCGUUGAACCCAAAAAUUAUAUGAAUUUUACAUGGUUUUCUCUAAAGUAUGUUGAUCAUGAAGAAAGAACAUCCAAAAAUGAUUUAUCUGAACCUCGAUUUGGAGGACAUCAGACUCUAGAGGAAAGAGAAAAUUCAUUUUAUGCAAAAAACCAGACACUUCAUUGUGGUUUUGUCAAAGGGCCACCAGGAUAUCCAAGCACCGGAUUUGAUAUAAAUGAAAAAGAUAAGGCGUAUAUGUUCGGAUGUAAGAUUGCAGUUUCUUCUUGCAUUUUUGGAAGCUCUGAUUUUCUUCGGAGGCCUACAAGUAGACUGAUCAGUCAAUAUUCAAAGGACAACAUUUGUUUUGUUAUGUUCUUGGAUGAUCAAACACUAUCCAAACUUUCUUCAGAAGGAAACAUUCCUGAUGAGAGAGGGUACAUUGGUUUGUGGAAAAUAAUUAUUGUAAAAAACUUGCCAUAUGAAGACAUGCGAAGAACUGGCAAGGUGCCAAAAUUUUUAUCACAUCGUCUCUUCCCAAAUUCUAGGUAUUCAAUUUGGCUUGACAGCAAGAUGCGACUCAACUCUGACCCUAUGCUGAUUAUUGAAUAUUUUUUGUGGCGAAGGAAGGCAGAAUAUGCCAUUUCAAAUCACUAUGACCGCCAUAAUGUUUGGGAGGAGGUACUCCAAAAUAAGCGCUUAAAUAAAUACAACCAUGCAGCUAUUGAUGAACAGUUUGACUUUUACCAAUCUGAUGGCCUCCCGAAGGUUGACCCAUCAAAGUCAAAUGAUCUUCUUCCGAGUUAUGUUCCUGAGGGUUCCUUGAUAAUCAGGGCACAUACGCCAAUGUCAAAUUUAUUUUCAUGUCUUUGGUUCAACGAAGUUGAUCGAUUUACAUCUCGUGAUCAACUAAGCUUUGCUUAUACUUAUUUGAAAGUCAGGAGAAUGAAUCCAGAGAGACCGUUUCAGCUGCAUAUGUUCAAGGAUUGUGAACGCAGAGCAUUAGUGAAGCUAUUCCGGCAUAGGGCACUUCCAUCUCCACCAGAGACUACUUGAUCAGUACCAGAUAUUUAAGCCUCUCUCAUGACCAAGAGUGAAACACAAGACCUUUCAAAUUUCAGUCUUUAUUUUGCACCUUCCCACCAAACCAAACACACUCUUGAUCUUCUUUCUUAUCCAAGCUCAUAUGUGAUAUGUGAAGGGAUGCACACCAAAGGCACAGGUCAUCAAUAUUUGACAUGACAUCCCUUCCAGCUUGACCAGUCUCAACGUUCAUGUAUGAUUUAAGCUGGAUCAAAGAGAGAGGCAAACAAACUCAUCACUUGCAGCACAGUGGAUUCUUAUUCUUCUUGUGGCCACGGCCGAAGAGUGCUUUUUUGUGGCCAAGGCUUUUACUCCAUUAUGGGGUUCAGUGGAAGUUCUUUAUGAGGAGGGAAGGGCAAGUUGAUCAAGGUUUUAAUUUGUUCAGCUUCCUCAUGUGGGAUGAGGUGAUUUAGCUAACAUGUAAGAAUACUUUCUCUUUUCUUUGUGUAGAGCAUGUAACAGGUCUUCCCCUCUCUCCCAGUCAUGAGUAGAGGGUAUUGCUACUAGCUACUAACAUUUUUGGUCAUAAAAACUGUAAAUUUCCUUUCAUUUAGUAACAUUUUUUUUGAAGAGGAUUUUUCAUUCUGUAACUUGUCACCUUACCAAAAUAACAAAAAAGAAAAGAGAAGAAAUUAACUGCUUUUAAG